UGGUCAUUUCCUUUCAAUAGAUUGAAAUUCUAUCUACCACUACUCCAUCUUGGAUCUUGUCUUUCCGUUUUGUAUUCUUGCAAAGAUGCCGUCUGUCACGUUAAAGGACGUUGAUCAACACAAAUUUGUGAAAGCUUUUGCAGCUUUCCUUAAAAAGACAGGCAAAAUGCGUGUCCCAGAAUGGGUAGAUAUCGUAAAAUCAGCUCGUUUCAAGGAAUUAGCUCCUUAUGAUCCAGAUUGGUAUUACAUACGUUGUGCAGCAUUAGUCCGUCAUAUUUAUAUUCGUAGUCCCAUUGGUGUUGGAGCAGUUACUAAAAUUUUUGGUGGUCGUAAACGAAAUGGAACUCAUCCUAGCCAUUUUUGUCGAUCAGCUGGUGGUGUUGCUCGUAAAGCGCUUCAAACUUUAGAACAAUUAAAGCUUAUUGAAAAAGCUCCACUUGGUGGACGCAAGCUUACGAGUCAAGGGCGCAGAGAUUUGGAUCGUAUUGCCGCACAAGUUAAGGCAAAGAGCAAAAAACAAUUAAAACUUCAAGAAACUCUUGUUCUUUAAUCAUUUCUAAUAAAAUUUAAAAUUA